UUUCACCAUCGAAAUAAAAGAUUUCAACAUCUGGAGGUUUUUGUUCGGCUUUCUGGCCAUCUUCAUCAUAAGUAUCAUAGUCCGCACAUACAUCGACAUGGUGUGGGAGGUGGCCAACGUUGUAUUUGUUUUGGAGGAGAACUGGGGUUUUGGGGUGAUGAAGAAGAGCAGAGAUCUCAUCAAAGGAAAGCGCGACACGACGCUGGCUUUGAACAUUUUGUAUCUGUUGAUCAUGGGCGGAAUUGAAGGAUAUUUUCAGUACGGGGUUGUGCAAGGCAGGGAUGAGCUCUGUCGGAUCAUUUGGAGGCGUACGACACUUCUGGCGGCACUGCGGUGUGGGUUUGAUCUUUUCUGGUUGCUCAUUCGGAUCGUCUUUUACUUGGAGUGUAAAUCCAUCCACCACAAGCGCAUUGAUAAAUUGGCUCUGUCAGAUCAUUUGGAGGCGUACCUGAGAAAAUAUAUGCCUCUCAAGACAAGAAAAGAAUAGAA